AUGCACCUUUCUCUAAUAACCCUCGCGUUUGCCGCCGCCGCCGCCGUUUCUGCCCAAGACAUCAAGUACGACCUUGCUCACAAUGCCACCCCAAUAAUCGGUACCUGGAGUACCGGCAGCAAGCAUGUUGUCCCAGGUCCUGUGAGUUUGCGAAGUCAACCCCCUACCCAUUGUGCGCUCAGUCUCCCCAGGGUUUUGCCAAUCCAGCUCAAGAGUCAUUCACAUAUCCUCCGACCACUGGUGUCGGUAUUUCAUUGUUUGUUCCUUCUCCUCGAUUACUCCGCCACUCAUUCAAUAACUAGCUCUGACGACGGUUGGUACGAGGUGGCGAGGUAUCGCUUCAGCUCGAACGCUACCGAGCCCAACUGUAUUAUCGGCACCGUCGUUUGGGCCCAUGGCCAUUAUGCUUUGCUGAACAACGGCUCCAUUAUUCUGACACCAAUUGGAGACGGAUACCAACAAGUCCAGGCCCCUUGUGCCGCUACUUCCAAUUUCAUGCAGAACUACAACUACACUGAGCUGUUCGUCUCAUGGCGCAUCUUCAUGGACACGACGUUUGGACCCAAGCUCCAUCUCUUCCAAUUCAAUGGCGAACCUGUAGCCCCCAUGUUCCGCGUUUCUCCGGAUCCAAAUAUGCUACCCAAGCAGAAACUUCGCAAUGUGACAGCGACCAUUGUUACAAAAACCAAAGACGGUCUCAUUUCUACGGAGACGCUCGCUUCUCGCAAGGUUAAGCGAAGCGGCGCGACGACUAUCCAUUUCCCAGCGGCAGGACUAUUCGUUUUGAUAUAUCAAUACCCAUCCAUUCCCUUUUUAGUAGUACGAGUGUUAUCAUGCAAUGUGACAUCUAAACGCGUCACCGUAACGCACUUGCGCGUCCUUGUCCUAUGCCUCAACAACGCCAAUUUAAUCCUUACUCCGACAACGGAGGGACCAUUCUCGCAAUUGCGGGCUCCAACUUCAGCGUCAUCGCAGGAGACACCCGACAAACUGAGGGCUUCAAUAUCCAAACAAGAUAUGCCCCAAAGGUCUUUCGUUUGUGCGUCAUCAUCCCUCAGUAUUCCUUCCACAUCUUACGCGUUUCUGUCAAGAACCGACAAAGCUGUUCUUGCGACCAAUGGCUUUGCGGCAGACGGUAACAUGUUCGUCAAGAAAGUACACCAAAGGCUCGAGUGGUAUCGACAUGCACACUCCAAAGACAUGCCAAUACGCGCCAUUGCCCGCCUCAUUCAGACCAUGCUCUACGCUCGUCGCUUCUUCCCCUACUACGUAUAUAAUAUUCUGGGCGGUAUCGAGGAAGAUGGUAUGUGUCUUGAUCAAGUAAAAGCAAGGCUUUUACCUGAUCGAUUUUACUUGAAGGUUCUGGCACCGUAUAUUCCUUUGAUCCAGUGGGCUCAUAUGAGCGUGAGGCGUGUCGUGCAGCGGGAGCUGCCCAAUCCCUUGUACAACCUUUCCUUGACAAUCAGGCCAAUUUACUUCAAGAAUCAGAACCCACCACCAGGCCAAGCGUUCCCGGCACAUCUGCCACUGCCCACAGUUCUACAGCUCGUCAUAGACUCGUUUACUAGUGCAACUGAACGUCAUAUCGAGGUCGGUGAUGGACUGGAGAUGUAUAUCGUACUAGCGAAAGAUAGCGGUUUACAGGGCCUGGAUGGCUUCCAGAAUGUGGUGGAAAUGGGGACGACCGUUGAAGGCGAAAAGAUGUUUGUCUUGCGUAGGAACCUCAAACGCGAUUAG